AUGACGUCUUGCAGGGUGUAUUAUCCUGCUGAAAGAGACCACUCCCCUGAAGGUGUCAAGCUCAGGAUCCGAACCUUUAACCCUGGAGGCGUGAGGCCACAGUGGUCACCAGAGCAUAACAUCGAGGCUGUCUUCUCCCCACACCCCUGUCCAUCCUGGACCCUGGACUGGGACAGUCUGCCUGCUGCUGUCAACCCCACCGAAGGUAAGAUGUCAGACGCUCGAGCCGUGCGCAAGCGGCAGCAGCUGAACAACCUGGUCGCCAUGGUGAAGGAGCUCGCUGGACCUGAUCACACUAUAGUGGACUUCUGUAGCGGAGGAGGCCAUGUUGGGAUUGUUUUGGCCCACACCCUUCCUCAGUGUCAGGUCAUCCUUAUCGAAAACAAAGAAGAGUCUUUGGUUAGAGCGAGAGACAGAAGCUCGCAGCUCGGACUUCACAACAUCAGCUUCAUCCAGGCGAACCUUGACUACUUCAUAGGGAACUUCCAAGUAGGGGUGGCUCUACACGCAUGCGGUGUGGCGACAGACAUGGUUCUAGAUCGCUGCGUUCAGGCCAAAGCCGGAUUCGUGAUCAGUCCAUGUUGUUAUGGCUUCAUCCAGAAUACGCUCAAGUUCAGCUUCCCUAGGAGUAAAAGAUUUGCAGACACGUUGACGUAUAAGGAGCACAUGAUCCUCUGCAGGUUCGCGGACCAGACGGCUGUCCAGCUUCCCACUGAGCGCCGCCUAAUCGGGAAACGCUGCAUGGGUUUGGUCGACUUGGACCGCAGUUGGGCUGCUGAGACUCACGGUUACUCGGUGAAGGUGAUGACCAUGGACCCCGAGAGCUGCUCCCCCAAGAACAACAUGCUAGUCGGGGUUCCAGCCUAGCAUCUCCAUUCAACGAACACGGGGUGUAGACUGGAGCCUUGAGGAACACCUCAGGAUUAGAUCUUUCAGAAACAAGUGAUAGCUCUGUAGAUGUCUAUAGAAUAUGAGGCUUCAUAGUGAAAUUUUAGAAAUAAAAUGAUUUAUUUUUGUUUGUUUUUUUAAAUGAUGCAGGAAUAGAUUUUUUCUCAGAAGGCUAAUCAAUAUGCAUGGACACGUUUAUUGUGUUUUUAAUUUCAUAACCGCAAUUUAACUGCAUUAAAUGUUGAGUGGAAUCCAGCUGUGCUGUUAUAAGGAAAUAAUCAGUGACUAAGUGCUGUGAUGCUUAUGUCAUUAUUUUCCACUGCAUGAAAAGAGGUGUAUCUGUACUAGGAAACUCCCGUAUACACCACUGAUUUUCGGAAGUACCACUGAGCGUAUACAUCAAAUUUCACCAAGCUACGAUACAUCCGGAUACCAGUUCGGAUGCAUCUUGCUGAGGAAUCCUUCCAUGGUACAGCCUUUGGUUGCCAUGGAAAAUAAUCCAUUUAAGGAUUUUGUCAGGCGAUAUUUACACCUCAAGCCCCAUUUGCAUUUAACACCUUUGGACAACUCUGCUCUUCCCUAUUGUUUUUUUUUUUAAUCUCAACAAUGAUUGGUUGUUUAAAAAAAAUUAAAUAAAUAAACACUUCCAAAUCCCUAACAUUUAUUGGGACAUUACCCAGCCACUACUUUUUAUUCAGCCCAACCCAAGCCCUCAUAACUUAGUGACUUGAUUGUUUUUUGGGCAGGUCUGUAGAUAGACCCUAGGGUUUAUCAUCACUGCCUGAUCAUGAAGUAAACUUAUUCUGUGUAGAAAGAGAGUCGUGUCAUUGAUUACAUUUAUAAUGCUUAUGUUAAACCCCAUACAUCGCAUGUAAAGAAACAACAUUCUUACCCAGUUUGUGGAUCGUAUU